CAGUUUAAUUUGAACUAACAAUGAAUACGGUUGUCUUUAUAAAAAUGGCACGAUUAACGAGAGUUUUAAAAUAAUAAAAGUGAGAUUUUGAAAAAAACAGUUAAUUAAAACGAAAUUUGAAACCAAGUGUUUUUAAAAAUCAAACAAACUACAGACAACAAGAAAGAAUAAAUAAAAUAUAGAAAGAAUAAAUAAUAUAUGAAAUGAAAUUAGAAAAUACUUUAUCAAAUUGGCAGCAUCCAUGGAUUUGGCUGGAAACAGUGUAUAGUGUCAUUUUUUACUAAACAAAAAAAAUCUUAAUUUCCCAAAUAAUAAUUUUAAUAAAAAACAAUUGAAAAGAUUAAAUUAAAUUGAAAUUCUCAAGUUAUAAAAAUUUAACAUUUACUUAAGUAGUAGCGGCAUAGUAGAGCUUGCAUCUGUUAAUUUUCUUUUUUGUUUCUAAUUAAAAAAAUUUCUUGUUGAAUUAACUCAACAUUUGCAACACAAAAGUAUUGUUAUAACAUACUAACUAAAUAUUCAAAAAAAAUCUUGGCUAAAAUUGCUUAAAUUAGCAAUUAAUUAAGUGGAAAAAACUGUGUUUCAAAUAUCAAAAACAGAAGAAAAAAAAACAAAAUUUGAAGUUCAAAUAGAAUUUGAAAAAUUCAAAUCAAUACCGCCUAAUCUUAUGGUAAGAUGGCGUAACAAUACGGAUGCUAUGAUAGAAGCUCAAUAUCCAACACCCGGAGAAUUUGAAUAUAUGGAAUGUGGUCCAUCGCCACCAGCUGAAAGUGCACCCAGUAUGUAUGAUAGUUUCGAAGAGCCAACCAGUGAAUUAAGUGUACAAAUAUGCAACGACACUUUGCGCAUAAGUCUAAUCGAUCAAAUGAAAAAUGCCGCCGGUCGCAUACGCUAUUUUGAGGAUAUCGAACAGGGCAAUGUGAUUGGUGAAAAUACAAAAACACACUUUGAAUCCGCCUCGCAAAUAGAGAAGAAUUUAUGUUUCCUAUGGUCAGCAUUUCUUAAGAGAUGGGAUCUCUUGCAGAGUCUAUUGGAUAUAGGAGCUGAAUUGAAUUUUUGUGAUCAAAAUGGUAUUACCGCUUUGCAUUUGGGUGCGUUUAGUGGUUGCCUGUCAACGCUCACGUUUCUGGUGGGCAAGGGCAUGAAUGUUAAUUUCCAGCCGAAAUGUUAUACUCCCCUACAUUGUGCAGCAUUUGGUAAUUCGCCUGAGGCGGCGAAAUAUUUAAUUAGUAAUGGUGCCCAAUUGACAAUAGAUACAAAUAAGCCCAAUUGUGAAGAAAGUCUAUUGCAUUGUGCGGUGAGAGCUAAUGCUCUGGAGUGUUUGCAGUUGUUUAUAGACGAGGGAGCAGAUGUAAACUCCCUUAAGCCAAAUGGCACUAAUGCUAUACACUUGGCAGCUGAUUUGGGUAAUGCUCAGUGUCUGGAGAUUUUACUCAAGGCCAAUGGAGCAGAUCCUAAUGUUAGAAUAUGCAUACGUGAAAAAGAAUCUACAGCUUUACAUUUAGCAGCCGAUGAGGGAAAUGUAGAAUGUGUAGAUUUGUUAUUGGCCAAAGGAGCCGAUGCUAAACUAAAGAAUCAUAGAGGCUUUACCGCACUACAUUUAGCAGCACGCACUUCUAGUCUAGAGUGUGUAGAAUCUCUGCUGAGAAAUGGUAAUGCCGAUGCCAAUGCUGAAGACUUUGAUCAUAGAACUCCCUUACACGCGGCGGUGGGAAAAUCUGAAAAUGCUUUUGAUAUCUUAGAACUACUAAUACAAUGGGGAGCCAAUGUUAAUCAUAAGGAUAUUUAUGGUUUUACAGCCCUACAUUUGGCCGCUUUGGAUGGUCUGGCCCAGUGUGUGGAAAUGUUAAUUUACCAUGGAGCUGAUGUUACGACAAAGUCGAAAAAAGGCACUUCUGCUUUAAAUGUUAUUACACGCAAAACACCCGCUUCUGUAGCUAUGAUAAGACAAAAAUUAGAUGCCGCUAUUACUUUACAUCAUUCUCAAGAUCCCGUGAAUCGUGAAGUGGAAUUGGAGCUGGAUUUUCGUCAACUCUUGCAGCAUUGUCAUCCUAGAGAAAUUAGCUAUUUGAAUACUUUUGUGGAUGAAGGACAAAAGGAAAUCUUAGAGCAUCCUUUAUGUUCUUCAUUCCUGUACAUUAAGUGGGGCAAGAUAAGAAAAUACUAUAUAGGACGUUUAAUAUUCUGUUUCUUCUUCAUACUCUUCCUAACCCUAUACGUACUCACUGCCCUGGCCCACAAUUGCUAUAACGGCAGUAAAGAUGACAACACCACCAUACAAGCUCAGGAACUGUGUCAGAAACAAUCUAUUUUGGGUGACAUGUUACGCAACAAUCCCUUUGUCAUGGAAAUGCAAUGGUGGGUUCUGGUGGCCAUUACGGUAGUGGAAAUCUUUCGAAAAUUGUAUGGCAUAACGGGUUAUUCGUCAUUCAAACAUUAUGUCACGCAGGUGGAGAAUAUAAUGGAAUGGUUUGUCAUCACGAGUGUAUUUGUUAUUUCGUAUAUUUAUACCAAACAAACAUAUACCUUUCAAAAUCACAUAGGAGCCUUUGCCGUGCUGUUGGGCUGGACCAAUCUCAUGUUAAUGAUUGGUCAAUUGCCGGUAUUCGAUGUUUAUGUGGCAAUGUACACUAGGGUGCAAGGAGAAUUUGCCAAACUAUUUAUGGCCUAUUCUUGUAUGCUGAUUGGUUUUACUAUAUCGUUUUGUGUGAUAUUUCCCUCCUCCUCAUCAUUUGCUAAUCCAUUUAUGGGUUUUAUAUCCGUACUGGUAAUGAUGAUAGGAGAGCAGGAUUUAUCACUACUCAUCAAUGAUCCCGAUGGCAAGGAUCCACCAUUUCUUUUGGAAGUUAGUGCUCAAAUAACAUUUGUGCUGUUCUUGCUAUUCGUUACAAUUAUAUUGAUGAAUUUGCUGGUGGGUAUAGCGGUCCAUGAUAUACAAGGCCUUAAAAAGACCGCUGGCCUUUCUAAACUGGUUAGGCAAACCAAAUUGAUUUCUUAUAUAGAAUCGGCUUUAUUUAAUGGUUAUUUACCCACCUGGCUGCGCAAUUUGCUGCACUACACAGCUUUAGUAUCGCCCCAAGCCUAUCGCGUAGUAUUGUGUGUAAAACCUUUAAAUCCCAGCGAAAAACGUUUGCCGCGAGACAUACUAAUGAAAGCCUAUGAAGUGGGUAAAAUGCGCAAACAUUUUGGUCACACCAUAUCGGCCAAAUCAUCUGAUGCUACUUAUCUUUCAUAUAAAAACAAAUACAAUAGCGAAAGCAAUCAAACACCUACGACACCCUAUGCGACAGAGGAUUUCGAAGCCACCGUUUUGUCAAAUAUCAAUACUAAAAUCGAUGAUAAUAGUGAACGUAUUGAGUAUUUAACACAAGAAAUUCAAGAGCUGAAACAGGCUUUAAUAACCCAACAACAACAGGCUAGCAAAGUUAUAGAUAAAUUAUUGAUUGUCAUAUCGAAUCAACAGAAAAAUAAUUUAAGAAAAUAGUUUUUAAGAAAAAUAAAAAACGAACAAAGAAUUUUUUUAAUUAAGUCUUUAGAUUUUAAGUGACUUCCUUAAGCAAAAGUAAAAAAGUGUCCUUUUUAAAAAAAUUUUAUAAAACAUUAAUAGUUUGUAUAAAAAACUGAGAAAAUUUUGAAAUUAUAUACACAUUACGAGUAACUACUUUCCAAAAAAAAUGUAAUCUUAAAAUAUUUCCACAAACAUUUUUUAGUAGAAAUUUAUAAGAAUUUUAUUUUUAUGUUAAAUUUAUAUAGAAGUUUUUAAGUUUGUAUAAUUUUAUAAAAAUUAUUUUAUUUAUUUUUUAAUUAAAAUUAUUUUCUGAAAUUUUGUUUUAAUAUUUAUUUAAAUAUAUUUUAAUUGUUUAAUGAAACUAGAAUUUAGUUAAAGUUAUUUUCUAUAACUUCAUUUUGAAAGGAAAAUGUAUGUUACAUCAUUCACAUGGACCAUUAGCGGACCUUUGGAGAGCUACUUUAUCAGAGUCUCUGAUGGGAAUCGUACACAUGAACCCCGGACUGACAGACUAGAACUAACCCAACUGAGUCAAUUGAUUUUUAUCAUCUAUUUAUAGGAUUCGAAAGAAAUAAAUCAGUUUCAAAUUCUAUUAAUUACUUUUAAAACCCUUUCUUAUAGCACCGAAAUAAACGUAACAGAUCUUUGGAUGUUUUUAAAGAUUAAGGUAUUUCGUUUUAACUACCAAAAUUUCGUGGAAUAGGAAUUCCCUCAAGUCAAAUGGCUCUAACACCAUCCUCUUGAAGCAACCUUUUUGAGUUAAAACCCAGUGUUUAAGAGAUUUUUAAAUGUAUCUAAACCCAAUAUAAGCGAAAAGGAAUACUCAGAUUUUCAUUUACCGGUUGAUGAGGGAAAUACUUGAUAAUGAAUUUGAAUACAAAGUGGAAAAAGUUCCCCUUAGGUUAUAUAAGAAUAAUCUUCAUAACAGAAAAGGUUUUGCAGUUUCGUUUAGAUUCCAAUCGGAUCUUUUAGCAAUUAAAAGAAUUUGUCUGAAAUGUAUUUUUACAGCUUUCAAAUGUUUACUGUACAUCGUUAACAAUUGUUUCUUCGUUCCGAAACGAACAGUCAUACUCGGUGCGCUGGGAAGGGAGGAUGAAAUCGACGCAUUCACUAAUAUUUCCCUAACUGUAAGGCACUUGUUCCAACUAUAUGCAAUGGCUCAGAUCAGAUGGUCUAGUGAAACCACCUGUCUGAUGAUGCCCCUAAGUCUAGCUUAUUGUUAAGCUUUCGCAGACAGCAAAUAAGAACGCUGCUAUCGGUAAUAACGGGUCAUUGUAGUAUUGUCAAUCAUGUCAGAAGAAUGGACUUCCAGUACAAUAACUACUGCAGAAGUUUUCACAAUGAGGAGGAGGAGGAGACUUUAACUCCUCUCCUCUGUCCGACAUUUAAUGGGAACACAGAGCUCAUUUUGGAUCUGCAAGUAAGAACACAGCUAUCGAUAAUAACGGGACAUUGUGUUAUUGGCAAUCAUGCCAGAAGAAUGGGCCUCCAGUACAAUGACUACUGCAGAAGUUUUCACAACGAGAAGAAGACUAUAACUCCCCUCGUCUGUUACUGUCCGACAUUUAAUGAGAACAAAGAGAUCUAUUUUGAAUCUGCUGUUCUCUCUUGUAUGGAGGAUAUAUCAGGGAUAAAUCUAAAGAAUAUGCUAAAUUUCGUGAAUCGAACCGGUUGGUUUAACUCUAAUACAUAGAAGUACUGAAAAAGAACUUCAGAAGCAAUGAUUUUUAUCACAGGCUUGAUGUAUAGUUUCGAACCUUCACCAUACUUAUUCCAGGCACUAAUUAGCAAGAGGAAAAAUGAUGCUCAAAGCGCUGGCUGACAUCACUUGGGCAAUGCAUAAAUGAACCUUGUUGGCACUGACGAUUGGCCGGUCAGUGGUUAAUUAUGCUGAUCCAGUGUGGUCUCCUUCACGUAGUGAUACCUAGUGUAGAAACAUUCAAAGCAUACAAAAUGUUUCUCUAAGGACUGUUUUGGGCUGCUUGCAAAUUACCCAAGAACAUCAACUACACGAGGAUCCAAAGUCUAUCCCAGUCAAGGAACACUUCAUGUUAACAAAAAAACUUAACAUCUCACAGUUGAAUGACACCCUGAGGCAUGUCAGAAGGGACCAUCGAGUAUACGAAGAAAACAUACGUUAUUGUGUGCCUAAGAUCGAUCCUCUUAUACGGUUGCUUUGAUCGACAUUCAUAGAGACUCCUUCAAUACCGCGCUCACAUGACACCGCAUAACUGUCGUAGGUACUUGAUGAUCAACUACAGCCUAUAGCAGACAUUGAAGAAAAUCUGCCGCGAACAACCAGAAAAGAUCUGGCCCAACUGAUAUCGCGAUUGAGCACAUAUUCAACAGCUAUGACAAUGGAUUUAGGGACGCACAAUUUUUAGACCCCCUUGAUUAGAUAAAAUUUUAGCUUUUACAACAACAUAGUUUUUUUACGUCGGAAGUAAUUUUUAUGCCAAUUUUUAAGAAGACAUUUCAGUUUCUUAAUAAAAAUUUAAAGAAAAUGAACUUUUCCCUUUUGAAAAUAUUACUUUUAAAGUAUCGAUAAUGCAGUGUAUUUCCAAAAUUAAAGCAUGAAAUUAAAGAAAAUAAUUUUUAUAGCAUUAGAACUAACAUUUAGAGAAAAAACUCUAUAACACACUAAAAAUUUUACAAAAACCUUUAACUUUUUUUUAGAAAUUACAUUAGA